AUGGCAAUUCCCAAUUCACAACGAUCCUGCAGUCCGACCAGAUAUAGAGGUCUAGAGGGGGUCUGUAACAACCUGGAGAACCCUCACUGGGGAGCAGCGCAAACUGCUCACUUCAGAUUUCUACCUCAUGAUUAUACAGAUGGAAUAAUGCAACCUAGGAUUGCAGUGUCAGGAAAUGAACUUCCUUCUGCAAGAUUGGUGUCAGCGCAUACACAUAGAGAUGAUAACAUUCAUGAACAUUCGAUAACAAUACUUCUUGUAGCUUGGGGUCAGUUUACAGAUCAUGAAAUAACACUCACUGCAGAAAUAGAUGAUAUAUUAGAAAAAGAUGUAAAUUGUUGCAGAGGAGUAAAUGUUACUCAUCCAAUGUGUUUCCCCAUACAGAUUCCCGAGGAUGAUCAUUUUUUCUCCAAACAUUCUCGAACCUGUAUGAACUUUGUUAGAUCCAGUGCUGGUCUCAGGUCUGAAUGUAAGCUUGGCCCUCUGGAGCAAUUUAAUCAGAUAACAUCCGUGAUCGAUGCCGGCACAGUUUACUCAAAUGUUCCAGAAAGACUAAGACGUCUGCGAGCAUUCAAGGGAGGAAGGAUGAAAACGUUACCAAUGUUUUUCAAGGAAGGGCUUAUGGUAUAUAGAACAAUUUUUUUUAUUUUGCCGAAUGAUAUAAAAACUUGGAAAACGGAGCAAGGGGUCAAAGAUUGGAAAAGUGUUAACAAAGAGUCGAGAGGGGAUACAGGUUUAAAAGAAAAGGAAAUAACGGAUUUUAUUUUGGAAGAAAUUACAGGACCUGAAAGACCUAAUGGAGAAAUAUUUUGUUUUGAGACUGGGGACCCAAGGGUCAAUGAACAGACAGUUCUCUGUUUAAUCCACACUUUAUUCAUAAGAGAACAUAAUAGAAUAGCAGAGGAGCUUGGUAGAUUAAACCCACAUUGGACAGAUGAAAUCAUAUUUCAGGAAACUAAACAUCUUGUCUCCGCUAUUCAGCAGCACAUCACGUUCCAGGAGUUCCUUCCUCUUGUUCUUGGUAAACCAGGGAUACUGGAGCAUGGAUUAAACUUGUACAAGGACGGAUAUUUCGAGGGAUAUGAUCCGACAAUUAAUCCAGCAGCGGCCGCCGGUUUUACAACAGCUGCCUUCAGAUUCGGCCACUCUCUACUUCCAUCGUUAGUUGAACGUUGGAGCGGGAGUCAGAAGUUUAUAGGAACCCAGAAACUCUCCGAGAUGAUAUUACAACCGUAUGAUCUGUUUAAAGCUGGUUGGGCGGACACAUAUAUACUAGGGAUGAUAAAUCAAGUAGCACAGGCUAUGGAUGAUGGAGUUACUAGUCAGGUAACAAACCAUUUGUUUGAGAUGCCAGGAGAAGGGUUUGGUUUGGAUCUAGCAGCCUUGAAUCUACAGAGGGGUAGAGAACAUGGACUUCCAACAUAUAACAGGUACAGAGAGUUCUGUGGAUUGAAACCAGUCCUCUCCUGGACCGAUCUUUACGGAGUAAUGCAAAAUAAAACCAUCAUAGCAUACUCUCAACUAUAUGAAACUCCAGAGGAUCUAGAACUAUGGUCUGCUGGUAUUAGUGAGAUACCUCUUCAAGAUAGAUUAAUUGGUCCAACCCUAUCCUGUGUAAUCGGUAGACAGUUCCACAAUAUCAGAUUUGGAGACAGGUUCUGGUAUGAAAACUCUGGUUGGCCCAGUAGUUUUACAGUUGAACAGUUAGAGGAGAUCAGGAAGAUAUCAUUGGCUAGAAUUAUCUGUGAUAAUACAAAUCUCGUGAAAACAAUUCAACCUAGGGCCAUGAUACUCCCAGACUAUAAGAUAAAUAAGCGAGUGUCCUGCAAAUCCGCUGAAAUACCAAGAAUAAACCUCAAGUACUGGAAAGAAUAAAUUAAAUGAAAUAAAAAAUUGGAAUUUUUAAUAUGUAAAUGUCGUAAUAAUAAAAAUAAACGA